CAAUGUACUCUGGGCGUUUGAAGUCAGUAAAAGUGUUUUCCUCUGGUCUUUAAUCUCCAACGAAUGGCCCUGUUGUACUUAUAGUAGAAGUAAACCGAGUCGCUAGUUUGGGUUUUUUCGCGAUGCCGAUAGUUGGUGAACCGAAGACGAACUCCUUAAGCUAACUUGCUAGCAUUAGCUCCUUUUAGCUCAACUUACUGCUGCAUUCAAGUGCGCACACUGAGCUCCGUUCUUAGGAAACAUGCUCUGUUAGUACGGUAUAUGGUUGGUGUUUAAUUAUGUGGCGGGGGGAGAAUGGUCCUCGGGCUUUCCAGGCCCCGGUGGAUGUUCACGCCAGUGCAGAUGGCCAGGUCUAUAUGUUCAGGAGGAAAACAAAUGAAUGUGCUGCAUCUUCAGACGAUGAGGAACUCGCUGUCAUGGAGUUGAGACCACGGGCUUUCCAGGACCAGAAGGAGGACGGACUGAAAAAUGUCCAGCUGCUGGAGCGGGAAGUGUUAGCUGAUGAUAAUCUCAGCAAGCUUGCACUGCAAUAUGGCUGCAAGGUAGCUGAUAUAAAGCGGGUGAACAACCUAAUGCAGGAACAAGAUCUAUUUGCACUGAAAUCCAUUAAAAUACCAGUUCAGAAACACAGCUUCUUAACUGAGACUUUCUCAAACCCGAGUGAUCCUCAAGAAGAAAUGCCCCAUGCUUCUCAAACACCAGUGGAGCCUCAGAACAAAGCAAGAGCCCAGCCUCAUAUACAAGAGGCAUCAGACUUUCUCAUGGAGGUGGAUAAUGAUAUAAACAAACUAAUCCAAACCACAACUUAUCAAGAUGAGGAUUUUUUGGAUAACUUGCAGAAACAACAGAAUUUUGGGUUCAAAGGACAGCGUCGGACCAGUUAUGGUGCUGACUGGGGAAUCAACUGGUGGAACGCUGUAGUUGCCAUGGUCCUGAUAGGCAUCGUCCUUCCAUUAUUUUACGUAAUUUAUAUUAAAACGAAAGGUGGCGGAAGUGGUGCUCUGCAUUCAAACAACACAUCAGAUGCCUCAAGUAUGAGCCUCAGUACGAAAGGGCAUAAGGAUUUUCACGAACCAGGAUAGGAAGGCUUUGAUCUUUGGAAAGCCUGAAAUGUAAUUAAUACUAUUCUCUUCAUGGGCUUGGAAGUAGACCACGAUCACAAUGAUGCAAAAUCUUUCAACAUUUUAACUCAGUGGAGCCUCUACCUUCAAGUGAAAUGUCUGAAUACUGUUCUAAUUAUUGUCACGCUUUAGGACACCAGCAAUUUGUAAUUUUUUGUAAAAUACAUUUUCAUGAAAAAUCACUUUUACUGAAAAACAGUUAGCUGAUGUCCCAGAUCCUCAGGUGCUUCACUUAAUUUGGAGCAUUAUUGCAUGUGCAUUGUGAAAAUAAUCACGCUACAGCCUGAACAUCAAUAGCAUCCACACAGAGUAUUUCUCUGGGAGAAAAAUGUUUAUCACAGUCUGCCUUUACACCACUGUAUGAAUGGAUGAAUGGUUCCAGCUCUGACAUGUGAAACUAAUGCUCAAGUGCCUUGAACCUGUAUUUUUUUUUUCUUAAUGUCCUGCUAUGGGGCGACUUCUCUAGUCACGAAAGAAAAUCAUACUGGUAAAAAGUUUAUGAGAAAAUUACUCUACUGCUCACAUGAUUUAUUACCUCAGCAAAUGGACACUAUUCCCAAGAGUUUAUGGUCUAUCGCUAAUUGCAAGUGUAAAACAAUAAUGAAAAAAGUGUGAUUUAGUUAACAGGUAGUGUCCUCGUUUUGUUUGUUUUUUUGAGAGAGGCAUUCUUGUGGCGUUCCACAUGUGUGCUGCCAACAGGGAACGUGACGUGCAACAACACUCAACAUGGUUCAAGAGAUUUUCUCCGUCUCUUACUUUUACUUUACACCUCUUCUUUACUUUUGUAAGUGAUCUGCUGAGCCUGAGCUCAGCUUUAUCUGAGUAGCUUCAUCCAAAUAUGUUUUGGAUGGAUUAUCAGUUUAGAACACCAAUAUGAGAAUGGCCAAUGUGCCAAAUCAGUGUUUUGGAUAGUAGCCUGCAAACAUGGUAAUAAUGUAGAGUCCAAAACUGUGUCAGCAUUAAGAUUUUAUCAUAUUGGUGUCAUUUUUAAGGCAUCCCAAGAGUAUAACAUUUAUUUUAAACAAGGGUAAACUGUUUUUACACAUUGGGAUUAGCAUCAUGUGUGUUUGUUCUCGUCUAAUCUUUGUAUCUGUGGAAUGUACCUCAUGACUUUUUAGUACACAGUGCCAAAUAUGUGAAUUUGUUUACGGUAACAAUGGAGUGCAAUAUACUUUAUGUUGGUGGUAGUUGUGAACUUUAAAGAUAAUUAAUUUUUAAAGAUUCAUUAUUUUUAAAGAGUGCCUGAGUUCUCUGCCUGAUUAAGUGCCUUAAUGUCAAGUUUUUAUUGUCUUUGCAGACGUCCACCAGGGAAGGCUGAUGAAUUUGCAUGGCUUAUGCACAUUUUAGUGGCUGGAUUAUUUUAAUUUAAUGAACUCAACAAAGGUGUUGAAUAUAUUUGUUGGUGCAUUUUUUUUUUAAGUCAAUUCUUGUGCAAGACUGUAUUUUGCAUGUUCCAGUGUUUGAAUACAAAGUUUUAAGUGUGAUAGUCUAUAAAGUAUGCUCUUAUGUG